AACCGGGUAAAACUAUUUAAAGUACACUCCGAAUACAAAAAGUUGCCUAUUAAAACCCCCAAAACCCCUUCUUUCUUUUAAUUCUUUUUUUACCUUUUUCUUAAAUUCCUCAGUUCUCUGCGAGUAAAAUCAGAUCAAAACGAGCCAUGGUAGAAACUAGAAGCAAAUCAUCAUCAAAACGCUCUUUUCCAUCUAGUAAUACUAGUACCUCUGGAGAUGCUUCUCCUUCACUUUCAAAACGACCGAAGAUGGACGAAGCACUGGAGGAGGCUUCAUCACCAAAUAAAGUUGAUGAUUCCGGGUCCCUACCCGCUGUUGCUAAAACCCUUGGUUCAUCUCAAGAUGACCAAGAAGAAGUGGGUGCGAAUCCUUUACAAGAAUCUCAUACUACACAGAAAUGUAACACUGAUGUGGUUGAUGAUGAUAGAGACAAGGUCUUGCCUUUAUCUACAGAGAAAACCGCGCCAAAUAAAGCUUCAUCAAAGCUUCCAUGGGGAAGGCUUAUCUCUCAAUACUGUCAAAAUCCCAGCCUUCACAUUCAAGAGUCUCCAUUUAGUGUUGGUCAAAACCGAUAUUGCGGCUUAUGGUUGAAAGAUCCAUGUGUUGAUCCGGUUCUGUGUACGCUGAAACGCAUCACAAACGUAGAGAAAAAAGGUUCAGAUACUGUUCUGCUAGAAGUAUUGGGGGUCCAAGGUACGGUCCAAGUGAAUGGAAAGAUUUAUCGUAAAGAUACCAGUGUAGUGCUGCAGGAAGGGGAUGAAUUGGUUUUUAGUUCAUCUGGUAAACAUGCUUAUAUUUUCCAGCAACUGGCAACUAAUAAUUCUGGAAGUCAAAGUGUUCCAGCUAAAGGAAGAAACUUUGGAGCAAGGUCUGUAGACUCCGGAGCUGCUACACAACAAGGAUUAGUAUUAACAUGGUUAUCAAAUCUAGCCUCGCCACAUCUCCCAUCACCUCCACAGAGUGAUGCAGAUGCACAACGAGGUAACGGAAGGCCUAGUUCGGACUCUGAAGUAUCGGGCUCACUGACUCCUGAUUUUGGUGACAAUUGCCGCAUUAAGAAAUGUAGUUCUUCAGGUGACAAGCGAGCUGGUGUUUCGGCAGGUAUUGGAAACAUUAGCAAGUCUUCUCAUGAACUUAAACCAGACAUUAGGGUGCUUGAUAGACAAUCUAUUUCUGCAGGAAUGGGCAAAAACUUAGUACGAGCUCUUGGUGAGCAAAAGAACAGCACAGAAAACAAAACAGUUCCAUCAGCAGCUCUGCGCCAAUCAUUAAAGGAUAGUUUACGACAAGGGAUUCUUUGCUCUGAUGAUAUCGAGGUUUCUUUUGACAGUUUUCCUUACUAUCUGAGCGAAAACACGAAGAAUGUUUUAAUUGCAACAGCACAUAUGCAUUUCAAGUGUAGCAACUUUUUAGAGUACUCCUCGGGUCUACCUACUAUUAGCUCACGAAUAUUAUUAUCCGGUCCAGCAGGUUCUGAGAUCUAUCAGGAGAACCUCAUAAAGGCUUUAGCUAAACACUUCGGCACCAGAUUGCUUAUUGUUGAUUCUCUCCUGUUACCUGGUGAUACUUUGCCAGAGGACUCGAAAUCAAGCAAAAAAGGGCCGCCUACGUUAGAAACAUCAGGAGUUCUUAGAAGAGUUGUAAAAUCAUAUGCUUUAUAUUUAAAGAAACCAGCUUCACCUGCACUUGGAUCUCACAAUCUUGGGAAACAGGAGUCAUCUAACAUAUUAUCUGAGAAUAACAAAUUCAAAAUAGGUGAUAGAGUAAAGUAUCUGGGUUUACCGGGAUCUUGUUCGCCCUAUCUUCCGUCAAGGGGGGCAGCUAAUGGUUACCGAGGCAAAGUAAUCAUUCCUUAUGCUCAAGAAAGUGGAUCCUAUAAAGUUGGCGUUAGGUUUGAUAGAAUAAUUCAAGGAGGUAACGAUCUUGCGGGACUUUGUGAUGCUGACCAUGGUUUCUAUUGCUGCGCUAAUUUACUUUGUUUGGACAAUUCCAGAAGCGAUGAUCUUGACAAACUUGUCAUUGAUGAACUGUUUGAGAUUGUUUGUAGUGAAAGUAAAAGUGCUGGAUUGAUUCUGUUUCUCAAAGAUAUCGAGAAAUCUUUGGGCGUCAAUUCUGAGGCAUAUACAGUUUUGAAACACAAGCUCGAAAAUCUGCCUGACAAGGUAAUCGUGAUUGGGUCCCAUACCCAGAUGAACAAUACUGCGCAGAAGUCACAUUCGGGCAGUUCUAUGUUCUCCUCCAAACUAGGACAAACGUCUCUACUCGACCUUGCUUUUCCGGAUAACUUCGGGGUUGGACUUAAUGGGAGAAGCAAAGUGAUUACAGAGACCGCGAUGCAACUCACCAGACUUUUUUCAAAUAAAGUGACGAUACAACUACCACAGGAUGAAGAUCUGCUUUUGGAUUUGAAACAACAGUUAGACCAUGAUGUUGAAACUCUCACGGCAAACUCAAAUAUUGCCACCAUACGCUCAGUUCUUGGGCGGAGUGGACUGGAAUGCCCAGACCUUGAAAAAAUAUGCAUAAAAAAUAUAACUCAUACAACUGAAAGUGUUAAGAAGAUAGUUGGUUGGACGCUAACUCAUAGCCUAAUGAAUAAUUCAAAAGCUUCUGCCAGCGGAGAUAAGUUUUUGGUUUCCACUGAAAGUAUCAAUUACGGGAUGAGCCUUCUUGAGAGCACUCAAAAUAAAUCCAGUAGUACGAAGAAAUCACUCAAGGAUGUGGUCACCAAAAACGAGUUUGAGAAGAAACUUCUGGCUGAUGUGAUCCCCCCGGCUGAUACCGGAAUAUCUUUUGACGACAUUGGAGCGUUAGAAACUGUAAAGGGCACACUGAAGGAAUUAGUAAUGCUUCCUUUGCAGAGACCAGAACUAUUCAGCAAGGGCCAACUUACAAAGCCGUGCAAGGGAAUUCUGCUUUUUGGUCCUCCGGGCACUGGGAAAACAAUGCUUGCAAAAGCUGUUGCUACUGAGGCAGGUGCAAACUUUAUAAACAUAUCAAUGUCGAGCAUUGCAUCAAAGUGGUUUGGUGAGGGAGAAAAGUAUGUAAAAGCAGCAUUUUCACUUGCAAGUAAAAUUGCACCCAGCGUUUUAUUUGUGGAUGAGGUUGAUAGUAUGUUAGGAAGACGUGAAAAUCCAGGAGAACAUCAAGCUAUGCGGAAAAUGAAGAACGAAUUUAUGCUAAAUUGGGAUGGUCUACGUACAAAGGACAAAGAGCGGGUGUUGGUACUUGCUGCCACCAAUAGACCAUUUGAUCUCGAUGAAGCUGUCAUAAGGAGGCUUCCUCGAAGAUUAAUGGUGAAUUUACCAGAUUCUCCAAACAGAGAAAAGAUUCUCAAAGUUAUUUUGGCGAAAGAAGAGAUGGCACCUGAUGUAAAUUUGAAAGUUGUUGCAAAUAUGACAGAUGGAUAUUCAGGAAGCGACUUAAAGAAUCUAUGUGUAACAGCUGCAUAUUGUCCUAUAAGAGAAAUUUUGGAGAAGGAAAAAGAGGAGAAAGGUUCCGUGCUGCUAGAGAAUACAUCAUUACCUGAUAUUCGUCCUCUAAACAUGGCGGAUCUGAAAUUUGCUCACGAUCAGGUGGGUGCGAGUGUUUCAUCAGAAUCGCGGAAUAUGAAUGAACUUCUCCAGUGGAAUGAUCUUUAUGGAGAAGGCGGAUCAAGGAAAAAGAGAUCGCUGAGCUACUUCGUGUAAUUCUGAUGAAGAUAGGAUGGAUGAUUCUUUUAUUUCUUAAAAAAAGAAAUGUACAGCUAUAGUUACUCUUGGCAUCUGCCAGUCAUUUUACUUCUCAGUAACCGCACAAGAUAGCAAAAAAGGAGUGAUGACCGCGGAACCGUAUAGUGAUUUUGAUGGGGUAUACUACAGUUGCAGGUUUUUGCCACCCUUGUAUAGUCAUGUCGGGGUGUGCUUUUGGCAUUCUUUUUUGCAAUCCAAAUAUAAUAAAGUAAAUAGCCAAUUCUCCUUCUCCUUUCUUGUCUGUAUAAACAAUCCCUUGUAAUAAGCAUAAUUAUAGUAAAAUUUACAUCACUGUUUUUUCUUUCUGUUUGCUC